GUAAAACAAAUUCCAAGGUAUGCCAAGUUUCUCAAAGAGCUAUGCACCAACCGAAGGAAACUUGCUGAACGUGAAAAGGUAAGUGUGGGGGAGUGUGAUGAGUGCAAACCUGUUCGUGAGGCACAAAGAAGGCUGAAUCCACCUAUGAUGGAGGUUGUAAAGAAGGAAAUUGUGAAGCUCCUAGACAUUGGGGUAAUCUACCCCAUUUCUGACAGUAAGUGGGUGAGUCCCAUCCAUGUGGUACCAAAGAAGACCGGGAUUACCAUAGUCCCUAAUUCUGAAGGAGAGCUAGUACCCACUCGUGUACAAAAUGGGUGGAGAGUUUGCAUGGACUACAGGAAGCUCAACACAGCCACAAGGAAGGACCACUUUCCCUUGCCCUUCAUGGACCAAAUGCUUGAGAGACUUGCUGGAAAAAGCCAUUACUGCCUCCUUGAUGGAUAUUCUGGAUUUUAUCAAAUCCCCGUUGCACCAGAAGACCAAGAGAAGACCACUUUCACGUGCCCAUUUGGCACAUUCGCAUUUAGGAGGAUGCCCUUCGGUCUUUGCAAUGCACCAGCCACCUUCCAAAGGUGCAUAAUGAGCAUUUUUUCUGACUAUGUGGAGAAAAUCAUUGAAGUCUUCAUGGAUGACUUUACGGUGUAUGGCAACUCAUUCCAUGAAUGCCUAGCCAACUUGGAGAAGAUACUUCAAAGGUGUUUGGAGACAAACUUGGUUCUCAACUAUGAGAAGUGCCACUUCAUGGUCAGCCAUGGCUUAAUCUUAGGCCAUAUUGUUUCAACAAAAGGGAUUGAGGUGGACAAAGCCAAAAUUGACACCAUCAAAAAUCUGCCCUACCCAACCAGCAUUAGGGAGAUUCGAUCAUUCCUUGGACAUGCUGGUUUUUACAGGAGGUUUAUCAAGGAUUUUUCUAAGAUAACUCAGCCUCUUUGCAGAUUGUUACAGCAGGAUGUACCAUUCAACUUUGAUGACAGCUGCAAAUCAGCCUUUGAUUUGAUCAAAUCACUCCUAAUUUCUGCCCCCGUCAUCCAGCCACCUGAUUGGACCCUUCCAUUUGAGAUCAUGUGUGAUGCCAGCAACUUUGCUAUAGGUGCAGUAUUGGGACAGCGCAUAGGUAACUCUCCUCAUGUCAUUCACUAUGCCUCACGCACCCUAGAUGCUGCACAAUGCAAUUAUUCCACCACGGAAAAAGAGUUGCUGGCUGUUGUGUUUGCAUUGGAGAAGUUUAGACCCUACCUACUUGGUACAAAGGUGAUUAUAUACUCAGAUCAUGCUGCACUAAGGUAUUUAAUCAAGAAAAAGGAGUCCAAACCUAGGCUGGUGAGAUGGAUAUUGCUGUUACAAGAGUUUGACUUGGAGAUCCGUGACAAGAAAGGCAAGGAGAACCUUGUGGCUGAUCACCUCAGCAGAAUUCUGACCGAGAUGGAGACAUGCCCCAUCAAUGAGACCUUCCCUGAUGAGCACCUCUUUGCUGUCCAAGAAGAGGAACCAUGGUAUGCUGAUAUUGUUAACUUCCUUGCCAUAGGUGAUUUGCCCACUGAUUUGCCCAAACACAUAAGAGACAAGAUCAAGAAGGAAGCAAGGUAUUAUGUGUGGGAUGAGCCUUACCUAUGGAAGCAUUGUGCAGACCAAGUCAUAAGGAGAUGCAUCCCAAAUCAUGAAACAAAUGGGCUGGCUGAAGUAUCAAAUAGGGAGAUCAAGUCCAUCUUGGAGAAAACGGUCUGCCCAAAUCGCAAAGACUGGAGUACACGCCUCAAUGAUGCCUUAUGGGCAUAUAGAACAGCAUAUAAAACUCCAAUUGGGAUGUCUCCAUAUAGGCUGAUUUAUGGGAAAGCAUGCCAUCUACCUGUGGAACUUGAACAUAAAGCCUAUUGGGCUGUGAAGAGCUGUAAUCUUGAUGAAAAAGAAGCUGGAGUUAACAGAAAAUUACAGAUUCAAGAGCUUGAGGAGAUCCGGCGUGAUGCCUAUGAAGCUUCAUGGGAUUACAAAACAAAGACUAAAGCCUUCCAUGAUAAGAAUAUCUCCAGAAAACACUUCCAGGUUGGUGAUAAAGUCUUGCUUUUUGAUUCCAGAUUCAAAUUAUUCCCUGGGAAGCUUCGGUCUAGGUGGAUUGGACCAUUCUUAGUUGAACAUAUCUAUCCACAUGGAGCUGUUGACAUUAGGAGCUCACAAACUAGCAAAGUUUUCAAAGUUAAUGGUGACGAUGAAGCGUGGGAUACCACUCCACCAGCCACCACCAGCACCGAAACGCCACCGGCUACUGAACCAGCGACCGGACGCACCGACUCACCGGCCGCCCAGACAUAUCGCUGGCAAAAGAAACGGCAAAGAACGCCGCCACCACCAUCCACAAUAGACCCGAAGACAAACCCUGCGGGCGAAAUGCUACCUGAAGCCACCACUCCCACCGGCCACAGCCACAAACGGCCAAGAACACAGUCGCCACCAAGAUCAGAGCUGGAACCCACCAUUGCCAUACAUCUCGCAGGACUCAAAGAAAGUGGUACGCCCACUGAUUCCACCAACGCUGUGCCCACUGAUGCGCCCACGGACUUGCCAAGCGCUAUGCCCAGCGAUGUGCCCACCGAUGCGCCCGUGGACUUACCAAGUGAUGUGCCUAGCGAUGUGCCUAGCGACACACUCAGUGAUAUGCCCAGCAAUUUGCCCAGCGAUUUGCCCAGGCCAGCAUACCCAGAUCACAUCGUCAAAUGA